AUGCGUUUUGUGAGGCAGGCCAUUCAUGCUGACAACUCCAAGCUUCUUCGGCGAGCGCUCCGGGAUGCCCCUCGCGCGCAGCGCGUGAACUGGCAGCUGCGGGUCCGCGUGGGCAGCCAGUCCAUCAGCCCGCUCUACUGGGCGCUGAGGAGUGGUUGCCACGGUGCAGCGAAGACCAUCGUGCAAGACAUCCUGACUAUCCGCGCAGACAGGGACCGAUACUACUACGGUGCGGACGAGCUUUUCAGGCUUCAGCCCGACAUCGUCGACAACCUGCUUCGUGAAGCGCCGGUCCUCGCGCACGACUUUCUAGACGGCCUCAUUUGGCGAUCUCACAAGACCCAGGAUGGGCUUCGACCGGUUAUCUACUAUUUGGAGCACCUCUUGCAGGAUCAGGACGAGUCUCAGAUGCUCUCUCGGUCGCUGAAGUCCUUCGUCGUGUUUCGGGAUCCCCGGACAAUCACACACCCCAUCCUGGUUUUCACGCUGGACCUCAUUUGGGAAAAGCUGGUGAUGAGGUAUUUCCUACUGGACCGUCUCUGGACACUGGUAACCUUCGUCAUCUACAUCGCUGCACAGAGCGUUCUGAACCAGAAGGUCUACUUGGAGAACCAUGCGCUCCACUUGUGGGUAGGGAUCGCCCGGCUGAUGGUCUACUUGAUCGGCUUAGGCCGACUCCUCUUCUGGCAUGGGACCCAAAUCUACCGCGCCUUCGUGCACAAGGAUUACAUGGUGAUGCGGUGGCUGCGUAUUCCCAGCUAUCUCGCCCAGUGGGAUCAACAGCUCUCGCUGCUCCUCACGGCCAACCUCUUCAUGAUGUUGGCAGUGGAGCCUGUGUGCCAUUGCUUUGGAAUCGAGGAGGACAUGAUCGGGCUGCACUGUGUGGCCGUUACGCCAGCCAUGGAGAUUGCCUACGAGGUCCUUUCCAGCUUCGGGGUCUUCUUGUUUUCCUUGCUGGUCCUGGAUCUGGCAACCGUCUCUAUCAAGAUGUCCGAGUAUAAGGUGCUGUGUGCACGCGCGGUGGGGCAGGUUUACCUUUGCCUUGGUGCUGUGAUCGCCUGCAUCUUCAUCUUCACCUUCGCCAUCGCGGCGAUGUCCAGAGAGGUAGACCUUGUCGGCUUGGAGGAGUUCUCUACCAUAGGCAACAUCGCGCAACUGCUGAUUCAGAUUGCCUGGGGAUUGACGAGCAUGGAGCAGAUGAAGACGAUUGCGCACCAAAGCAGUUUACUCUUCACGGCAAUUGUGCUUUACAGCAUUCUGGUCUACACCUGCUUCUACAACUUGCUGGUGUCGCAGUUUUGUGGAGUUUACAUGGCGCUGUCGGAGGACAUUCAGGGCCAUGCCAGAUUGGAGCGGGGCUUCAUCAUCAUGGAGACCCUGAAGGGGAUCAACAUGCACCGCUGGAAGAGGUUCAUGACGUCCAUGUCCCUGGAGCGGCGGGUCGACUUCGGUGAAGGCGACAUCGGCCUGGCCGGGGGCGUCAAAGUCUUCGAACCUGCCCUGGAGCACCCCAUCUCCAAGGACCAGAUUGUACGCUUCGGUGGUCACACGGAUCCCACACUGCCGUGGCCGGAGAAAGAUCACGACGACAAGGAUGCCCUGGAGAAGAUGAUCCAGCGAACGAUGCUCGGCCGGAGCCAGAUUCCAUAG